AUGGGAUUGAGCACGCAUAAAAAACACGGUCAUCGACAAGGGUACUCUCUAUUUAAUAAAAAUGCCAUUCUCCUGUCUAUUAUAUUACAAGAACUGGAAAGGCCGGCGAAUGAGCGACUAUAUUGGCUCGAUAGCGACACAGUACUCAUGAAUCUAAACAUUCCAUUUGAGACUUUCCUUCCGCCGCCGUAUGUCUUGGACAUUGACAUGCUACUGAUAUAUGACUGGAAUAGAAUGAAUAACGGUGCUUUUCUAAUUCACAUUCAUCCUUGGUCAAUUGAGCUGCUCUCGGCCGCCAUUGCCCACCUUAUCAUGAGUCAACUAGACACGAAAUAUUUUGAAUAUCUACAAAUUCACCUAGGUGACCUUCUCGUUUACUUCCUAAGUACGUGUCUUGACAAUGGCAGCAAAACUAUGAGGCCCUUCCUGGAGAUAGCAGAGGCGAGACGGCCUAAUUCGGAGUUGCCUUUGGAGCGUACUGGCUACGCAAAGGUGAUAGAGGCUUUCUGGACGGGUGUUUGA